AUGUCGAAUCUGCCAUCUGUCAAAAACAGAAGGUCACACGCAUGGAGAUGAGCGAUAGGUGUGUGCGAAUCGGUGAGAAUACAAUCGUAUUUGUCCAAAUUAUAUGUUGCACAACUAUCCGCCUUUACUCGUUUCUUAUAGCGGUAGCGAUGUGUCCUGCAUUUUGAAUAGCGAAACAAUCCGGCUUUCAGAAUUCCUGCUAGCUAACGUUCGUUAGCUCAGCUAGACAAGUCAACCUUUAUGGUUUGAACCCCACUGCUGGGUGUUUGUUAAUACUUUGCCACUGACACGAUGCUGAGGAAUCUUCUGAAAUUACCCAGUAGUCUAGGGCAUGCCCUCUCUACCCACAAUGUCUGCCCAAGAGGACAAUCACUUAAACUACUCCCUCUGCUCUCUCGGAACACAAAACCUUACUCAAUUAUCACAGAAAGAAAGAAGUUCUAUGAAGAUGUUAGCAUAUCACAAGGAGAGGGUGGCAUGUUUGAGAUUAACUUGGACCGGCGGAAACUGAAGACGCCAGGAGGAAAGCUUUUCACAGCCCCCAAUGAAGCCUUAGCCAUUGCUGUGGCAAAUGAGUGGGAUACUCAGAAAGACACGCUCAAGUUCUACAGUAUGCAUUUGACCACUCUCUGCAACACAGCCUUAGAUAACCCUACACUACGCAGCAAGGAUCAAAUGAUUACUGCUGCCCUGAAGUAUCUGGAGACUGACACUAUAUGUUACAGAGUUGAUGAGCCUCCAUCUCUUGUGGAGCUUCAGAAUAAUGAAUGGGACCCUGUGUUGAACUGGAUUGAAGACAGGUACAAUGUAGUCAUUGGCUCAUCCACCAGUAUACUGGGUCCAGAAAUCCCAAAGGCCACAAUGGAUACUUUCCACCAGCACCUGGGUUCCUAUAACUUCUGGUCCCUGAUAGGACUGGAGUAUGUGAUCACCCAGCUGAAGUCAGUGGUGCUGGCUUUUGCGUUGAUCGAUAAACACAUUACAGUGGAGCAGGCUGUGCUCCUGUCUCGGUUAGAGGAGGAGUUCCAGAUCGGGCAUUGGGGAAAUGUUGAGUGGGCUCAUGAUGUUGACCUUUAUGAGCUGAGGGCACGUACUGCAGCAGGAGCUCUUUUUGUACAUUUCUCCUCUGAGAGUUCAACAGUCAAGCGUAAACUCAUGCAAGACUAAGGACCUUUAAAGCUUUUUUGAGUCAGACAAACUCUGAAAGGACUCUAGAGUCUAGAGCUAAGAUGAAGGCUGUGUACUUGACAUUGAUGGGGACGGAAUUCCCAUUCCUCUGGAAUCCACUCUCUCUGGGUUUGUCCUCUGUAAAGCAAAACCGAUUGAUCUUUUUCCUUGACAUCUGUGACAGAAUCUACAUGUUAUAAAAUGUAAUGUCAGUGGUUUCUCAAAAAUGCAGUUAAUCAAACGAUGGGUGAAAGUGAAUAAACAGGUAUUGCUAUAUGUAA